GACUGUGCACCACCCUUUUGAUCCUCUUGACUCUUCAUAACUGCCCCUGCAAGCUAGGCCACACCUGAUCAAGACUCUGGCUUUCUUCUACCCUUUUGCUCUCUAAUCUAAUCUCUCUUCCUGAUCACAGUCAUGGCAGCUCCAUCUUCACUCUUAACUUCGUCAAGGUAUGUAUACCAAUGUCUCUUGGCUCUCUUCCUCUGUUCUUCUUUUUGUUUUUGUUAUUUUUUUUUUCAAAAUUUAUUUGUUUGUGUGUGCAUGUAUGUGUGACUGUUGAGUGCCAUUUUUGUUGAUGCUUAUUGCUUACCAUGAUACCAUGUACGGCAUUCUACAUAACAAAAUUAUUUUUGGUUCCAGUUCUUAGUGUUUUGGUUCUCUGUGAGAGAAUGAGAAAAUAAAUAACAAAGAAGGCCCAAAAGAUGGUUCUUUUUUCCCUUAUGAGCCAGAAAAAGAUGGGUUUUUUUUUUUCUUUCUUUCCUCUUCUUGUGGUGGCUAAGUGGUGGGCAAAAGGAAUAAUUUUUCUGUUUGAAUCCCUUUUUUUUUGUUAGUCUAAUUAUUUGCUUUGUGAUCACAAACUCAUAUCAGUUACAUGCAUUAUGUUUAUGAUGUAUACAUACUGAUUAUAUGAUUUAGUAGUGUUUGAGGUGAAUUUGCAGGCCUAGCUUGCUGAAACACUAGAUGUACACAUUGGACAUAAAGAUCUUGAGGUGAAAUUGGGGGGUUUUAUUUGAAAAGAAAAAUGGAUGGUAGCGGUAGUGAAGCCAUCAACGUUUAUGAGCAUUGUACCGUUGUUGAUAGAAAAAAGGGUAGAGUGGCGUGCAACUACUGCGGUAAGGUGGUGAGUGGUUCAUUCCGUUUGAAGUGCCAUGUAGGAGGAAUCCGGGGGGAUGUAGUGCCAUGUCCAACUACUCCUGCUGAUGUGAGGGAGCUGAUGAGAAACCGGUUGAUGGAGAGAAAAAGAGAAACAUUUGGCAUGGAACAUAUGGAGCUGCAUUUCCCUGAUCUUCCCCGGAGGAUGAAUAGCAGUCCUAGCUCGAAUGGCAUUAAGCAUAAUAAGCCUCAAACUUCUCAGACUUCUGGCUCUCAGAAUGGAAGCCAAGAACAAGAAGAGAUGGAAUUUUCGUUGGAAGAUGGUGAAACAGGAAAUGUCUUUGUUUCCAAUGGAAGUAGAGGCUCAAAAAGAGGUGGCAAUGAGGAAACAAUAGAUGAUACAGCAUCAAGGAAAGCCGGGAAGUGCAUCGGGAGAUUCUUAUAUGAAACAGGAUUAGAAUUUGCUGCUGCAAAUUCACCUAGCUUCAAAAACAUGAUACAUUCUACCCUUGGUCCUGGUCUGGGGGAGUUCAAGAUCCCCAGCUAUGAAGAGCUCAGAGGUUGGAUACUUGAGGAUGAAGUAAAGGAGGUUACAGAAUAUGUGACAAAGAUUAGAAAAUCAUGGGCUACCACUGGGUGCAGCAUCUUGUUGGACAGUUGGAUCGAUGAAAAGGGACGAAAGCUUGUUAACUUUUUGGUGAAUUGCCCUGAAGGCGCAAUUUAUCUUUGCACCCAUGAUAUUUCAUCCUUCGAUAUUGAUGCCAUAUAUUCACUUUUGGAGGAAAUUAUGAAGGAUGUGGGGGUAGAAAAUGUGGUCCAGGUAGUGGCAGAUUCUACAACAGGCUGGGCUGGUAUUGGGGAGGAGGACUUCAACAAUAGGUUCAAAGGUGUAUUUUGGGGAGUGAGUGCAUCUCACUGCAUUGAGCUGAUAUUAGAGAAGAUUGGCAUGAUGGGCUCUGUUAAAAGGAUAUUAGAUAAGGCCAAGGUUAUUACAAAGUUCAUUCAUGGACAUUCAACAGUUUUGAAGCUUUUGAAGAAACAUAACCUUGGUAGGGACCUAAUUCAGCCCUCCAAGAUAAGGUCAGCAAUGCCGGUUAUGACUUUAAAGAAUAUUUUAUCAGAAAAGCAGAAUCUGAAAGACAUGUUCUCCUCAUCUGAGUGGAACAUGUCACCCUGGGCCUCAAGAGCAGAGGGCAAGAGGGUUGCAGAUUUGGUGGAGGAUCACUCUUUCUGGACUGGAGCUCGGAUGGUCUUGAAAGCAGCUAUGCCACUCAUCCGCAUUCUUGAUCUGAUCUUUAAGGCUGACAAGCCACUUGUGGGGUACAUAUAUGAAACCAUGGAUCAAGUGAAGGAGACCAUUCAAGAAGAAUUUAAAAACGAAAAAUCCAAGUACAUGCCUUUCUGGAUAGUUAUUGAUGAGAUUUGGGACAAUCAUCUCCAUAGUCCUCUCCAUGGGGCUGCUUAUUAUCUUAAUCCAAGUCUCUUCUAUACAAAGGAUUUCAAUGGUGAUCCUGAGGUUGCAUUUGCCCUUCUGUACUCUCUUGUACAAAUGGUGCAGCAUUAUCAAACUCAAGUCUUAAUAUCGCGUCAAUUCAGUAAGUAUAGACUUGCUAAAGGGAGUUUUCAAGAGGGGAGAGACAGAAAUCAAGGAAGAAACAUUCCUCCAGCUAUAUGGUGGUCUUGUUAUGGACACCAAUGUCCUGAACUGCAGCGGUUUGCCAUUCGAAUUCUGAGCCAAAACUGUGAUGGCGCUUCAAAAUAUGGGCUCAAAAGGACUCUGGCUGAGAAGCUGGUUACAAAUGGAAGGAAUCCUAUCGAGCAACAACGGCUGAAAGAUCUCGCAUUUGUUCACUAUAAUUUGCACCUGCAGCAGUUUUGCUCGGGCGUGAAGACUGGCAUUGUGGCUGAGGAAAUUGAUCCAAUGGAUGAUUGGAUCAUUGAUGAAGCACCAGAUAUUGAGCCUCAAACUUCAGUUUCAUGGAUGAACUUGGACUACACUCGAGGAGCUAUCGAUGAGGAAGGACUUCCCAGAACUCGAGCAAAGACAGAGUUCAUGUAAGAUUCUGAAAAAGAUGAGUAAAUUUUGGACAGGAUCAAAACCAGAACAUCUUUUGUUUUUUUUUUUCUUUGGGUGGAAAAAGCCAGAACAUCUUUUAUGUUUAUGUUUUCUCACCUUUAGUGUGUGUAUGUUGGUAGGACAUAUAUGUGAUUUAUGUCAGCAACUCAAUCUGUAAAAUGUUCUUACCAACUUAAAUAAGUUCUGGUCUAACA